AUCUGCCACCAUGAAGACGUGUGUACUUCUAGCGCUCCUCAGCACUGCCUACGCGGCAACGGCUUUUGAUCAGCAAUGCACAAUGAAAGUGGACAGAGGAAACUGCAACCUUAACCUCAAGAGGUGGUAUUUCAACGCGAUUACUGGCGAAUGCAAGCUGUUUUACUACAGCGGCUGUGGCGGCAACGAGAACAGAUUUGACGACCAGAAAGUUUGCGAGAAGACAUGCAUGGAUGCACAGUCGCCGGUGCACGAGUUGUGUCUGCGUCCUGCUCACCGUGGACCGUGUCUGGGCAGUUAUCCGCGAUUCUACUACGACAACAGCACGCAGUCGUGUUACCCAUUCGUCUACGGAGGCUGCCAGAGCAACGGCAACAACUUCGAAUCAUACGUUUCUUGCAUGAAAUUCUGCAACGACACCUGCGUACUUCUGGCGCUCCUCGGCACUGCCUACGCGGCAGCGACUAUGAGUCCCUUGUGUGAAUUGGAGCUGGACAAAGGUGAAUGCGGGCGUAGCCAGCAGAAGUGGGGGUUCAACAAGUCCACUGGCAAAUGCGAGCUGUUCUCCUACAGUGGCUGUGGCGGCAAUGACAACAGAUUUGACGAUAAGCAGGCUUGCGAGCUCGCAUGCAUUGCGGGGUCCCACAGCUUCUGCUUUCGGCCUCCUCAGCGUGGUCCAUGCGUGGGCAGUUUUCAGCGAUACUACUAUGACAACAGUACGCAGUCUUGUCACCCCUUUGUCUACGGAGGCUGCCAAAGCAACGGCAACAACUUCGAAUCAUACGUUUCUUGCAUGAACGUUUGCAAAAUUCCUUACCUCGUGUAGUCAGUGUUGAAAUUUUUGUAGGCAUGAUGCACAAGUCGUG